AUGGCAAUGAAAAAGAACAUUCACGUGAUUGUGGUCGGUGCAGGUUUGGCGGGCCUAGCUACGGCUCACGGACUUGUAAAGAAUGGAAUUUCAUGCUCGAUUUACGACCGCGAAACUGCACCUCGCGACCGUAACUGGGGCGUCACCCUCUCAUGGGCACAUCCUUUGAUUCGGCAGCUUCUUCCUGACGCCCUGUAUUCGACCCUUAGCAGAUGCCAGCCGGAUCCAUCCCUUGACACCAAAGCCGCCGGCAAAGAAUGCGUCCUCGUUCGCGACGGCGCCACUGGGGAGACCAUGGUCGAGCCGCGUUAUCCAGGCGUUCGACGACUUAACAUUCGCAAGACGAAGACGGCGUGGCGCGAAGGCUUGGACAUCCGGUACGGCAAGAAGCUCGUGGGGAUCGACGUUGUGAAAGACGGCGUGGUCGCCACCUUCGAGGACGGGACCAGCGAGAAGGGCGACGUGAUCGUGGGCGCGGAUGGAGGGGCGUCAUACGUGAGAAGGUGGCUGCUGGGAGAAGCCGCGCAACAAGAAGUCCUGCCUUACACCUUCAUGAACUUUCCCUUCUCAGUAAAGACUGAUCAGGCUAGGUGGCUAGAGAGCGUUAUGAACCCAAACGUCGACGUCGCCACGCAUCCAAAAAGUAUGUACAUUGGGCUAUUCCUGCUCGAUAAACCAGACCUUGAGCGGCCAGAGACAUGGAUAUUCUACCUCCUGGUCACCUGGCCAACCGAAGAGGGGGAUACCGAUGAUGACAUAACAGCUAAAGGUUCGAAACGGAGGCUGCAGCGCCUGAAGGGAAAGAUGGAUGGUUGGGCGGAUCCGUAUAAGUCGGCCGUGGAGUGGUUGCCGGAUGAUGUGACUAUAAAGCCGGAUCAGCUGCGAAUAUGGCAUCCAAAGUCAUGGAACAGCCAUGGCGGACGUGUAACACUUAGCGGAGAUGCAGCACACUCAAUGACGUUCCAUCGCGGUCAAGGGGGUAAUCUUGCUAUCAAGGAUGCGCUCGAAUUCGUCAACGCAAUGAAGUCGGUGGAGGCGGGGAAGAGAACUUUGGAGGACGCCAUCAAAGAAUAUGAUGCCGGCGUCUUGAAACGAGGAGAGGAAGUCGAGAUCAGUAAGGAGCAGGCAAUCGCGUUCCACAACUAUGCAACAUUCAGGGACAGUCCUAUUUUCAAAAUGGGUUUGAAGCCGAAUGUGAAGUGAAAGCGGAUUUCAAGAAAAAUUCCGGGAAAUAUGAGCCGUGAUACGAGAAGGAGACGCUGAGUACAAGGAAUCUUAUGUAAGAUGAAGCUUGAGCUUGGAGGACUAUGCAAUAAAAAAAAGACAAAAUAAUCG